AUGAAAUUUAUCCAAUUUACACUGCUGUUCCUUGCAGUCUUAGCAAAAAUAUCUGCAUUAAAACCUCUUGUGUUCAAUCUUCCAAGUGAUAGCCCAUCAUUAAGAGAGGCCACCUCUACAAUUAUUAGUACAAAAAUAAAGCAAGCGUUUCCAAAUAGGAAGGACAUUCCAUACGCAUGCGAUGGGUAUGCUGGAGUAGAAUUCUAUUAUACACAGCCAAGUACAACCACAGUGAUACAGUAUGGUGAUGCACAAUUACAUUAUAAUAUAUAUACAAGAAACAACAAUAGUAAGACGUACACACACUUUAUAACAAUAAUUAACUCUGUAAAUGAUUCACAGGCAGCAGCAGAGGUGGUUAUAAAAAUCUUCCAAGGCAAAAUAAGCUUCUCAGCAAAGAAGAAAGGCUCAAUGUCUCUUAUAACAUACGACCUCAUAAACAAGUUAGAGAACGCAGUAAUUGACCUCUCAAAAGAAACUGCCACUCUAGACCAGUACCAGUUUAAAAGACUGGUUGAAUAUAUAAGAUAAAUUGUCUGAAUGCUCGGAUGGUUUACUAAAAAUAAAAUACAAACC